AUUGUUGCAGCAUACGUCUGAACUGAUUGCAAUAAUUUAGCAAUGACGUUAAUUGGGAAACUCAUACAAGUAGGCCUAAAUGCAGUCACAAGAAAAUGAGGUAAUGAUGGAGUGGACAGAAUAUUACGGAAGUAAAAUAGUGACAGAAAAAAAUGAUGAUGUAACUUUAACGAGAAAAGUAGUGAUGAUAAUUGAUGAUAAGAACUAUUUCAGAAGCUCUGUGAUUCAAAGUACCGUUCAUCAUAAGUGUUUAUGGAAUAGUAUCUACUUGUGACCCAACAACAGACUAUAGUAAUAGCAUUGACGAUUCAUAUUAGUAUAGAGGGCGUCAUCUAACGAACAUAUCAUUAUACGUCAUACUUUGGACCAAUCCGAUACUCUGUAAGUUAUGUAUCACUAGCUUAAUCUUGUAUCGACUAGUGUUGCAAGACUAGAGUUAAAAGUUCCGAUACUUGAGGGCAAGCAAAUACUUUCUUAGUCACGAAUACUAGACGACUUUACAUGCGAGAAGUCCAAGUCGUUUGAAUCAGUCUUACCUAAUAUAGAAAUGCGUUUAUUACACCUUCUAGUUAUUUUCUUGGUCUCUAAUAUUACAGAGCAGCAACGAGCAAGUUGUCGAGGGUCGUGUUCCAGCUUCGUAUCAUCCAGACCAUGUCAGUGUGAUUCAUCGUGUAAAAAUGGGUAUCUACUUGAUUGUUGCCAUGACUACCUCUUAUAUUGUUCAGAUAGAAUACCUCCCGUCUUAAUCUGUCCACCCAGCAUCGUAAAAAUACUGCCAGCGAAUCAGCAUGCGAUGUCUGUAACAUGGGGGAAACCAAUAGCACAAGAUAAUCGUGCUGACACUGUCAUCGUUAGCGUAUCUCGGCCCCCGGGCAGCUGGUUUGGUCUCGGGACCACGCUUAUCACCUACCAUGCCGUCGACACGUCACAGAAUCAUGUUAGCUGCUCAUUUAACGUCACUAUUCGAGAAAUGACGUUAGACAAUGAGGAUGAUGGUGUAAGGAUCAAUUUGGGGUCGAUUACACUUCAAAACGCUGUGAAUGUGAUGAACCAGCUGGAGGCGUUUACAGAGGGCGCUCAACUCGACUCAGAAGGUUUUGUACUGGUUGCAAAUGUAAUGGACAAAGUUAGUGUUUUCGAGGAAGCAUCGGUCAAGCUUACUGGUUCUGUAGUGAAAGUAGUAGACAAUGUGAUUGAGAGUGGGACUGUGCAUUCGGCCGAAGCUUCUUCAACUAUCGUCAAGUCAUUAGAUCGAAUAAUAUCUAUGACACACACAAUGCAAGACAACUUUGUUUUGGAUGAGCCACACCUAUCGGUGACAGCACGGUCUUAUGGCGGUAUUGCCGUGCACGAAGGUAUUAGUUUUGCUGUCGCCCGCUCUAACGGAUCCGUACAUGGAAUUCUCGGGAAGAGUAAUGUUAACAUCUACAAUGGAAUCCCCGACGAUGACAUAGACGUAGCAUGUACCUUACCAGGAGAGAUCGGAAGAUUUGUUGGCAUUGAGGAUGCGUCUCAAAAACUUGACGUCAGUUAUACAGUUUUUGCCGAUGAUUCACUAUUUGUUUCUUCUUUGACGUCUCAAAAAAACACAUCAAUGAGGAUACUUAGUCGUGUUUUGGCCAUCAAUGUUCCUAAUGUCGAAGUUCACGGACUAAAAGAUCCAAUCAGAGUUUCUUUUGGCGUGGAAAAAAAUACAGUGUACAAAAAAGCAACGUGCGUGUUUUGGGAUUUUGGUCUACAACGAGGUGUAGGAGACUGGAGUACAGCCGGCUGCAUAACCAAUAAGGAAAAUGGAAUGAUAACAUGUAACUGUAAUCACCUUACACAUUUUGCAGUACUGGUUGAAUUUAGAGACUCGGAUGUGUCUGGAAAUACUCUAUUGGCUCUUGAAUUAAUCAGUCGUCUCGGUUGCUUAGUGUCCAUCGCUUGUUUAUUUGCAACAUUGAUUGCAUUUAUUGCAAUUCCGAGACUCCGUUCACAAGAGCCUCAGAGGAUAUUGAUUAACCUCAGUAUAUCACUCCUGUGCCUGUACAUUUUGUUCGUCAUAGGUAUCGAUAAGGCUGGGGUUAUCUCACCGAGGACGUGCAUGGCCGUCGGAAUGCUGCUCCACUAUUUUACUCUGACGACUAUUGUAUGGACAGGCGUUGAGGCUAUAAAUCUAUAUCUAAAUCUUGUAAAAAUUUUCAAAUCUGAUAUUUACAUGUUCCUUCUAAAGGCUUGCAUUUUCGCUUGGGGAACACCUGCAAUUAUUGUGAUAUUUAUGAUUGGAUGGUCGGAUACCAGAGAAAGCUACCGCAACCCACAAUAUUGCUUUAUGGUACCUGGUGUUGCGUUCUUCGUCAGUAUCAUCGUCCCAGUCGCAAUCGUGCUUACCUUCAAUCUUAGUGUCUUCUUUCGCGUUUUGUUAGUACUGUUUCGGAGCAGCAGGUUGCCGAAAAAAUCCGUGAAUUCUCGUUUCAAGAGGUUGUCUCAACGAGCACAGAAUGCUAUAGGUAUUUCCGUUCUACUAGGUCUUUCGUGGUUCUUCGGCUUCAUGACCUUUGACACGGAACAUGAUUAUAUAUUCGAUAUUCUAUUUUGUUUAAUGAAUUCUCUUCAAGGGUUGUUUAUUUUUGUGUUUUUCUGUUUGAAACAGAAAGAGGUUCGAACAAUAUGGGUGAGCAAACUUAGUAAUUAUUCUAUAUCUAGGCCAACUGGAAGCUCAUAUAUCGAACAACCAUUUAAACGCAUCGAAAUUAGAUCUUAGCAUAAACUGAUAUGAAUUCAAGAAAGUAUAUUAUCAAUAUCAACAUGGACAUCAAACUUAAUCUAAAAAUAAUAACAUGUUCGAAUAGAUGUUCAGCAGACUAUAUGUAAUUAAAAUUUGCAAAUGAAUGAAAGGAGCCAUUAAUGAUGGUUGAUCGUCCUAUAUAUACAUUAAUGAAGUGGCCGAGCAUGCAAUUCAAUCAAUCAAUCGAAAUAAUUUGUAUAGCGCCAAAUUCUAUCACAUGAAGUAAUGUUCUGUGGCGAUGAAUGACGAUGAUAUAAUUUAAGAGUGUACAAAAUGGUUAUUCUCAUUAUUAAGUUAAAAUGUAUUUUUCUUCACUAGUACUACUACUACUACUACUACUACUACUGCUGCUGCUGCUGCUGCUGCUGCUACUACUACUACUACUACUACUAAUAAUAA